GUUAGGGAGAAAAAGGGGGGAAAAAGAGAGGGAGAUGCUACAAUAAAAAGACCUGAUAGUAAAAGUAGAGAUUGUGAAGUGAGAAGAGUGAAGACAUAAAAUAAAGAGAUUAUUGAUUAAUGAAACAUUGGCAUUCAGAGCAUUAGCAACAAGAGAAUGUCGUUGAGUAAUAGUAGACCAAAGACAUUCAAAGGCGCCAAUGUGUUCAUGUCCCGAAACCUAGUCCCGCCGGAAGUCUUUGACGCGCUUCUCGACGCUCUCCGACUCAACGGCGCCGAUGUCUUUCUCUGUUGCGAUCCUUCUCGCAAUGCCCCUAACGAUUUUCACAUCAUCUCCUCUCCUGAUCACGAGAAAUUUGAAGAUCUUAGAGCUAAAGGAUGCAAUUUACUAGGUCCACAGUGUGUACUUUCAUGUGCAAAAGAACAUAGGGAAUUGCCUAAGCUUGGUUUUACUUGCUGCCUUGCAAUGGAUGGUGUUAAAGUAGUUGCAUCUGGCUUUGAUAUCGACGAAAAGGUUAAGAUAGAAAAGUUGGUAACAGCAAUGGGGGGACAGUUGCAUAGUAAAGCAUCUUUGGAUGUUAAUUUUGUUAUUGUAAAGAAUGUUUUGGCUGCAAAGUAUAAGUGGGCUGUAAAUAUUCUGAAGAAACCAGUUGUCACUUGUAACUGGUUAUACCAAUGCUGGAACGAGCACCGUGUUGUUCCUCAGGAGUCAUAUAGGGUUCUACCCUUUCUUGGACUGUUCAUAAGUGUUACCAGAAUCCCUGCUGAUGAGCGGAAGGAGAUUGAAAAAAUCAUCACAGAUAAUGGGGGUAAAUAUUCCGCUGAGCUGACAAAGAAGUGCACACAUUUGAUUUGCGAUGCUCCUGAAGGUGACAAGUACAAGGUUGCUCGAAGAUGGGGCCACAUUCAAAUAGUUUCUCGGAAAUGGUUUGAUCAGUCCGUUGCUAGGAGAGCAUGUCUUAAUGAGGAGUCCUAUCCUAUUCAGGGUAGUUCUGCACCUGCAAUUAAAACUAUGAAAGGCUUGUCAAUGGCACAACAUAGCCAAGACAAGUGUAUGGGCAAUUCACUAUCUAUGCCAUCUUCAGUGGCUGCAGAUUCAAGUUUUACAGGUUUUCCUGGUGUUGGGGUUUCUGAUCCUGAUCUGGAAUUUACUCUCUCACAGAAUAUGUCUUCUAUGUUCUCCGAUCCUCCUGUCUUUGUCAAAGAAGGGGAUAAUGAAAUGCUUCCUGUGCAUCCCAUGAAUGAUACCAACCUUGCCGGUUGCAUUGCCAAUGACUCUCAAUCUGAAGACAGUGAUCUGUACUUGUCGGAAUGUAGAAUAUCACUUGUUGGCUUUGAAGCUGUGGAAAUGCGCAAACUAGUACGUUUGGUGCGCAGUGGUGGGGGUUCCCGAUAUAUGUCUUUGAAUGAUCAAUUGACACACAUUAUAGUUGGAGCUCCGACAGAGCUUGAAAAGAAGGAACUGAGAGGCCUUGCUGCUUCAGGGGUCAUUGAUGUGGUCAGACCCAAAUGGCUUGAAGAUUGUAUUCGUCAAAAGAAAGAAGUUCCUGUACUCAGGCAACAUGUUGCCUAUGAUCUACUUCUUCCUAAAGAUCCUUUAAACUCCGGUAAAGGAACUGUAGUUGGUGUGAAUGGUAUGAAUCAAGCUAAAGUCUCAUCUCCCUUUCCAAGUAUUCAUUCUGAUCAGUUACUGGGGAGUGCAAAUUUUCAAAACGGGAUGAGAUCAGCAUUGGAGAAUAACAGAGAAGAGAAAGCAGAAACUGACACGAAUGGGAGCAUACAUGCGAAUGCGACUCUGAAUCAGUCUGAGAAGAAUUUAUCUUCCGUUGUUAAUGACCAAAAAAGGGGUGUAAAGAAGACUCUGCAGAAUUCCAGCAGUCAAAACCAGAAACCAUCAACUGUUUUUAGGGGGAAAUUAUUUCGUUUUUCGAGUUCCUUUCCUCUAGACAGGAGAGCUGAAAUUGUUCAGUGGGUGAGUCAAGGAGGAGGUGAGAUGGUGGAAGAUAAUGUAAAGGAGGAUGUCCACUUCACUAUUGAGUGCCAUGGCAUGAUAUCAGGGUCUGUGGAUGGUCCCCAAACUACUUAUGUAUCCAGUCAUUGGGUGCGGUCUUGUUUAGAGGAUGGAAGCUUGCUGGACGUUGAUAGCCAUAUUAUAUAUUCCCCAUUACCCUGCCGGGUUCCUUUGCCUGGUUUUGAAAAUUUCCGCUUUUGCAUCUCACAGUAUGAAGAGAAAGACAGAUUACUAUUAAGAAAUUUGUGCUUUGUUCUUGGAGCUAAAUUUGUGGAGAAACUUAGUAGAAAGGUCACCCAUCUGGUCUGCAAGUUUACCAAUGGACCAAAGUAUGAUGCUGCAUGUAAAUGGGGCAUAUGUUCAAUUACAUCUGAAUGGAUUUAUGAAUGUGUCAGGCAGAAUGACAUUGUGGCAUUGGAUCAGUUUCAGCCAAAAGAAGUUACCUCUCAAGACCAAGAGGCAGGAUUGUGCAAUGUGAGCCAGUUUACUACUCAAGCUACUCGAAUGGUAAAUGGAGAAAAUCCAUCUCAAUUGACAAGUCAGUCACAAGUUCUUAGAAGUGCGCCAACUCAAAUAGGUAGUAAUGGAAUUAGCAGCUUGGGUGAAAACACACAAAAAUCUGUCAAUUUUUCUAAAAAGGCAAGGCUUUUGGUAAGUGAUGAUCCAAAGAGGAACAAUUUAAAAGAUACCAGAGGCAACAAUUCAAAAGAUACAGGAGGGUCUUCAAGUGGUGUUCCUGAUGUGGCUGCUGCUAUCGAGGACUUGUUAGAGCAGACAAGCAAGAAGUCACCUGGGAAUAGUGCCUGCGAUGAAAAUCUUUACCCAUCUGAUCCAAUGCUCGGUGAAGACAUUGGAGGCUCUCAUUCUCUCAUUGGAUUACCUAAUCACUGGCUAAAUAGAACCGGGAAAAAAGACGAGCUAUCUAAUUCUACUAAAGAUGUGAACAGAGGAGGGUAUGACGGCUUUAGUGAAACUCAAACGGAGUCACAGGUUGUUGGUUACGAGGAAGAUUUAUCAGGCAGACAAAUGCUUAUAGACAGGGUUCGAACCCGAAGUAGUCUGGUGUGAACCGUGUACAUCAAGAAAAUUUAUUUCAGAAUUAACAUUGUGUGGCAGCAGACAUCAAUACAUUAUCUGGAUGAACUCUCGAUAGCAAAUCUAUGGUUCGAUGUAGGUAAAUGUCUUUUUUCCUUUUGCCAUGCAUUGAUGAAGUUUCACCAUCUACCCAGAAGGGUAGUAAAGUGUCGACAAUACUGAGAUACCGGCAAAUUAUCAUUUCAGGCAGGAAAAAAGAAAAGUUCACACUAGGGUGUGAGUCAUUUCUGUAUUUUAUAUGUACACUGUAAUGUAGUUUGUCCAUAUUAUCACAAUGUGUAAGUGAUUAAUUUUGUUAUACUAAACAAAUCUGAAAGAAUGGGAGAUUGAAGCAACAAAAACCAAAUGCCCUAUUAUAUGCCAAUUUAAUGA